AUGUUCACCCCGACUCCAACAUAUACCAGCAAGACUUGUACAACAGCUAAAAAAGAAAUGGCUCGAAACAAGUCUCAGAAGAAGUCCUUCUUUUCCUUCUUCAGUAACUUUAGGUUCAAGAAGGGUAGAAGGGGAGCUGAUGAGGCUUGGGAUGACUCCAUGAAGGCUUAUAAAGUGUAUCCAAGUGAUCAAGACAGAGCUGGACAAUGGGCAGAUCCUCGUAUUGACAGCAAAGCAUCAGCUUAUAUUCAUGAAAGGACCAACAGAUGGAACAACGUAGAGGUAUCAAGCUGA